GGGCAUGAACUGAGAUUGGCUUCACUAUAUCUAGUGUGCAAUAAUGAUUGCAGCUGUUUUUCUGGGUCGCCCAUGCGGCACGAAGACGCCGUGCAAGGACCCUGCAAUCUGCGUCCAGGACGUCUGCGUGUGCAGAAACGGCAGCCGGGUGGUGAACCACGUUUGCGUCCCUGCUCAGGAAGCGAGAAUUUCUUCUGUCGAAUGGCACGUGACCAACGAUAUGCCGCCAUCGAAUGUAGAGGAGAAUACUGAGAUACGCUACAACGAAGUUCCGACAGCCAGCGUCCCUUCAAUGAACCCUGUUGUUCCCACAAGUUUUGAUGAGGAACUGCCGACGUCUCUUACACAAGAUGUGGCUCAGUACUCAGGAAUGGCACCAUUAGUUGCUGAAAGGAAUUUGAACGAAACUACACCACCUUAAGAAAAGCUGAAGGUGACAUCAUAGACUAUACAUCCGGCUUCCCCGAUGAUCACAAGACGUCCAGAUUAUCAAAUAUCUGAAAAUAUCUCGUAUAGUUAUUUUGCUUCAAGCAUGAUAUACCAAGCUAAACUUAGCGUUCUAACCGUCUACAAAGUGACGGAAGACAAUGCGUCUCCGAAAAAGAAAAAAAGCAGAGGUGGGGGUGGGUAUAUUGUUUUGAGUACUUCUUCGUUGCGUGAAACGUACAUGCAAUAGUUGACCACCAGAGUCACCCAUAAUGUCCACGAACGACGACCGUCCUCUGCUUAACAUUAGAAUGUAAAUUUCUUCUUUAGAAGAAUAUAAUGCAGCGCUUUCGUGCGUGUGGUGUUGGACCGCGCUGACAAUCUCGAAACAUAUAAAAAUAGAAAUAUGCUCAACACAGAAUACUAGCACUCGAUGCGUCGUUGAGUCUACAGUUGUUCAGAAAUAAAUCAAGCUGCAAAAAAAAAAAAAAAAAGAAAUCAGAGCGGUUUUACCAAAUGUCUUGUCAUUUUUGCUUGUACGUGGGUUCAGAUUACAGCGCCAAAACAGGAGCAAUGCUGGUGUUCAACGCUUCUCCUAUCCGCUUCACCUAUUUGAUUCCGUAUCAUUUAGCUCCUUCUAAUUCCUCUGUCUCUGCGUAAACACUGGAAACAAUGAAAAUUAUUAUGCUUAGAACCACCAGAACAUUCUGUAUCAGCCGUAUAGUGGGAAGGAGACGCUGCCCUUAAGACUCCGUUCUGCAGGUAAAGGUGUUGCAAUGGCACACAAGUACUAUAAAACUGAGUUCAUAGUUGCUCAUUCGCUGUGUUAGACACAUGACAUGAUGGUUAUGCAAUUGUGGUCAAUAUCAGCCUAUAAUAUAAUCACACAUUAACUCAAAUGCAGUCGAUGAUUCCAUGGUCACUCGUCAUUUCGUCAAUGUGCCGCCACCGAUUUUAUUAAUAUCGUCGUCGAUAUCAUUUGACCACUUCUCCCCACUAAAUACAU